AAUGUGUUUCUGUUCUUUUUCUUUUACUCAUGAACAAUACCUUUGAAACUUUUAACAACUAUCCUUGGCAAUCGGACCAGGUAUUUCAAGCCGGCUUACAGACUAUUCUUGCACAGUUACCUCAGGACAAUGACCACGAUGCUAAUCUAAUGAAGGCCAAACACUUUUAUUUUUCGAGGUUCCAACAAAACUUUGAUUUGGAAGAGUAUUUAAUAUAUCAGCAAUUAAAAUUGGAUGAGAAACUCGGCAAACAAAAAGAAGAGCUCUAUCACCGAUUACAGGACUAUGAUUAUGAUCAGGAUGAGGAUUACAAGACGGGGUUGCCUAAUAUCAUUCGUGGUUGGUUGAAGGAACAGUCAUCGGGAUUGUGGGAUAAAGAAAGAUUGGAGCUAGAGUUUGAAAAAGCAAAGGCAUUCUAUUAUGUAUCACGUGUUGAAAAGGUAAACCUGGUCGAGUAUUUUGCAUGGAAAGCAAAAAAUGAGACGAACAAGCCAUCCUGUCCCUUUGCAAAUCUUUGGCAAAACAAGUCUAUUGGGCCCGUUGAUCAGAUCAAUGCACCUUCAUUUAUCGUAACUGAAAAGAGGGGCCCACUCAUCGUUACACUGUCAUCACCAAAGAGUCGGAACAUUUUUUCAGUGGGUCGAUUGCAAGAUUUAGAAUCCGCUUUAAAAGACGGUGUCAAUGAUCAACAAGUGACCUCAUUGUUCAUAACGGCUACUGUAGCAGAUAGCAGCGGGCCUGAUGAAUCCAACCAACGCAUUGAAACAAAGGACACAAAAAUACUGAGCUGUGGUUUGGCAUAUGAUCAAACAUCCAAGCUUGUCUCAGGUUCUGAGUUACGACAAGCCUCUCUCCAAAAGUUGGCAGACAUAUAUUAUACAGUAGCCCAUGAUUUGAUCGAAAACAAAAAGCUAACUGUCACCUUCUCCAACGGUCAGAUACCUCUUAAUGCUGUCUACCUUACACUUUGUCUUGGAUUCAUGCGUGUUAUUACUGAGCACACGCUACUUAUAUUCACUAUUGAACUUUCACAUGCUCCAAUUCCUCCCUUACUUUUGCUGGCCAUGGCUCGUGCUCGUACCAAAGGAACUAAACCUUUACCUGCUGGCAUGGAGCUUUAUUUGGCCUUGGCAGCACCCGAGUAUGCCAAGUUACGAGGUCCUGAAAUACUUCGACUUGGACUGGCUGAUGUAUUUGUACCGGAAGCUAAAUUAAGUGAUGCCUUUACCACAGCGAAAAACAUGGCAGUUUGUCCUCCACCAGAUACCACUGCAUCAAUUCAGCUUGCGCUUGCGAUACAUCAUACUUACUCCGGUCCCAAUCGACUAAGUGUGUGGGAAGAACAUAUCGAAAAUGUGUUUGGGGCUGCCACAUCAUUUGAUGAUUUACAACAACGGUUAGAAUUGCUGGGCAAUCAAUGGAGCCGAAAUAUUUUGAAUCACUGGAAGACAUUACCCAGUACACUUUUAAAGGUCAUCUUCCGAGCAGUUCAACAAUGUAAAGAUAUGGCCCCGUUUGAAAUAUUAAAGCUGGAAAAGGAUUUAAAUUCUAAGUGGCGCCAAACAGAUGAUUACAAGAUAUGGUUGCGGUCGCAAAAUACUUGGUCCGAUGAUGCGUCAGUGGAUUUUUAUUUUGAAAAAGUACAAGAAUUGGACACUUCUGAUUCGGUGGUGUAUGAAGCGGUGCAAGAGCAAAGUCUGGAAGCCGUAUGCCCUGUUACGGGCCAAAAGGCAACACAAGCGAAAUGCCCAUUUAAUAAAGAGGAGCAAACUCGUACAUGUCCUGUAUCUGGCCAAAAAACGUUGGAUACAGAAAAUACAGAAGGCUGUCCGUUUAACAAAAAAUCCGAUACUGCUAUUUCUGCAUUGGAAGAUUUGACACUUGAACCCAAAUAACAAUAAUAAAUAAUUUAAUAUGUAAUUUUAUAAUUUUAAAAAA